AUGGGGCUCGGCCCCCAGUGGACAGCGGGAUUUGGCUCCGUGCUGCCUGUGGCUUUUCAGAUAAUAACCGGGUGUGCUUGGAUAGCUGUGGGACUGAAGAUCGUGGGCAGCCCAGAAUUCAAUUGCGCCACAUUAAAGGAGCGCUUGGAGCUUUUGGAAGAAGCGAAGAAGAUGGAGAUGGCCAAGUUCCGGUACAUCCUGCCUGUGUACGGCAUUUGCCGCGACCCCGUUGGCCUGGUCAUGGAGUUCAUGGAGACGGGCUCCCUGGAGAAGCUGCUGGCCUCCGAGCCGUUGCCGUGGGACCUGCGCUUCCGCAUCAUCCAUGAGACGGCGGUGGGCAUGAACUUCCUGCACUGCAUGUCCCCACCGCUGCUGCACCUGGACCUCAAGCCCGCAAACAUCCUGCUGGACGCGCACUACCACGUCAAGAUUUCUGACUUUGGGCUGGCCAAGUGCAACGGGCUGUCCCACUCACACGACCUCAGCAUGGACGGCCUGUUCGGGACCAUCGCCUACCUGCCUCCAGAGCGUAUCCGAGAGAAGAGCCGGCUCUUUGACACCAAGCACGACGUGUACAGCUUCGCCAUCGUGAUCUGGGGCGUGCUGACGCAGAAGAAGCCAUUUGCAGAUGAGAAAAACAUCCUGCACAUCAUGGUGAAGGUGGUGAAGGGCCACCGCCCGGAGCUGCCGCCCGUCUGCAGAGCCAGGCCGCGGGCCUGCAGCCACCUGCUGCGCCUCAUGCAGAGAUGCUGGCACGGGGACCCCCGCGAGCGGCCCACCUUCCAAGAAAUCACUUCGGAGACGGAGGACCUGUGUGAGAAACCCGACGAUGAGGUGAAAGAGGCAACUCAGGACCUGGAUGUAAAAGACCCUCCGGAGCCCAAGACGGAGGCGCCUGUGUCCACGCCCCUCAAGCGAGCCUCGGCCCCGGCCUUCGACAAGGACUACAGCCUCUCCGAGCUGCUGUCCCAGCUGGACUCCGGCAUCUCCCAGACGCUCGAGGGCCCGGACGAGCUCAGCCGCAGCUCCUCCGAAUCCAAACUCCCAUCGGCGGACAGCGGCAAGCGGCUGUCGGGCGUGUCCUCGGUCGAUUCUGCCUUCUCCUCCAGAGGGUCCUUGUCCCUGUCUUUCGAGCGGGAGCCUUCCACGGGCGAUCUUGGCACGACCGACGUCCAGAAGAGGAAGCUGGUGGAUGCCAUCGUGACCGGGGACACCAGCCGGCUGAUGAAGAUCCUGCAGCCGCAGGACGUGGACCUGGUGCUGGAGGGCGGCGCCAGCCUGCUGCACCUGGCCGUGGAGGCCGGGCAGGAGGAGUGCGUCAAGUGGCUCCUCCUCAACAACGCCAACCCCAACCUGACCAACAGGAAGGGCUCCACCCCGCUGCACCUGGCCGUGGAGAAGAGGGUGCGGGGCGUCGUGGAGCUCCUGCUGGCCCGGAAGAUCAGCGUCAACGCCACGGACGAGGACCAGUGGACGGCCCUGCACUUCGCGGCCCAGAAUGGGGACGAGUGCAGCACGCGGCUGCUGCUGGAGAAGAACGCCUCCAUCAACGAGGCCGACUGCGAGGGCCGCACGCCCAUGCACGUGGCCUGCCAGCACGGCCAGGAGAAGCUGCUGGUGGAGGAGAAGGCCAAUGUGCUGGCUCGGGGGCCCCGGAACCAGACGGCGCUGCACCUGGCUGCCGCCAGCGGGCACUCGGAGGUGGUGGAGGAGCUGGUCAGUGCUGACGUGCUCAACCUGUCCGAUGAGCAGGGGCUCAGCGCCUUGCACCUGGCCGCCCGGGGCAGACACGCCAAGACGGUGGAGACGCUGCUCAAGCACGGGGCGCACGUCAACCUGCAGAGCCUCAAGUUCCAGGGCAGCCACAGCCCCGCCGCCACGCUGCUUCGGCGAAGCAAGACCUAGUCUGCUGGCCUCGGAGACCGGGGCCCCGUGCGGGGUUUCUGUGCCGUUGUUGUGUUCCGCGGUGGGGACAGGCUGAUGCUGUGCGGGUCAGCAACCCUCACCUUGUUGAUGGGCUGGCGGCACUUUGACAGAACAGGCCAUCAAGAAGUGGCUCUUGAUUCGUGCUGGAGUCAGUGUGGGCGGGUUACCCUCCAAAUGAAGGUGUUCGAAGGUGCUGAUCCAUCCGCCCAUCAGUGUGCCGGUGUCAGAGGGACGAUGGGUUGAAAUCAUUUCGUUGUACUCUUGCUCGGGAGGUCGGCCAGCCUCAGGAUGAGGGGCGGGAGGAGCCGUGUCUUCCAUCUUCAUUUGCAGCAGCGGACGAGGCCACCUGUUUCAGAAGGCUUUCGUGGAAUCCUUGUUUUAUGGGACAUUGUCACUAGAUAACACAGUAUCAACUGUUGCUUUAAACUUUUGAAAAAAUGUUCAUGUCCUUAGGUGGUCCGGUCUGUGAGCAAUGUGUGUAAAGUGAUAAGGCUGGUGUCAAACAGCACCGUGGCCGUGCCCGCUCAGGAUGUUCUCAGCCGGGCCUUGUGGCGACCGCAUGCUUCCCAGCAGCUGAUUGCUCUCAUUCAUUUCCUGUUGCAUAAAGUGUGUUUCGAACUCUAGAGCCAAAUAGGCAAGAGUCAUUUAAAAAUUCACUUGUAACCUCAGUUUCGGACUCUAAACAGUAUUACCUGGUUGGAGGGACCACCGAGCUCGUCGGCCCCUUUCCAGCUCUGGUGUUCGGUCAGGUGGUCGUCUGUGGGGAGCGCUGCUGUUUUGGGGUCUCAGAGGGGCCUUCUGACCCUUUACAAACCUCUGAGCUGUGUGACCCCCAGGGCGGCUCCAGGAGACCCCCCGGCCCCCGUGGCUAUAAAGGAUGUGGUUAUCUGGCCUCUCGGUCAUUGUUCUGUGUGUGCCACGUGGUGCUCCCCCCCCCCCCCCCCGCCACAAUACUGUUAUUAGAGUGAAUUUGCUGCAGGAGGUGGUCCUGUGUGCAAACGUGCCUGUGGUGUGUGAUACAGAGAUUGAUAUUAAUAUACCAUGUAUGUUAAUGUGAGUCUGGGGGCUGGAUACUUCUUUUCUAUGACAGGAACUAUCCAGACUGCUCCGAGCUGGCUAUGUUUUAAUAUGCCUCGUGCUUUUACUGUACCGUUUGUGCUCCUGUUGUCCUGAUGUAAAUAAAGCUAAGUUCUUUUCUGCUUUUGUUGAA